CAUCCCUUUCAGUAGGCCGUCGAGCCGCAGCCGGGUGCUGCUUUUUUCUUUUACUUCUCUCCUUCAAGUCAGCAGCAAAUUUGCAAAUACCAUGGUGUAUUCGGGAAUAGGAAAGACCCGGUUGAAGGUACUCGGCACGCUUUACGUUGCGAACAUUGUCGUCCUUGCGCUUUCUGCGCGCGUCAACCAGUUCCUGAAUUUCUUUUUCAUGGCCGACUUGUUUCCAUUAGGAUUAUCUAUUGCGACAUUGGUUCUACUUUCUAUUAUGUUCAUUCUUGACCUGACAAGGCGCAACCCGAUCACGUCUCGUCCACCGUUUGAAAUCGCCAUACUGUCUAUUCUCACCAUCAUAUGGCUCGCAUCCAAUGUGUUCUCGACGUCUCGCUGGAGAUUCGUUCCUGUAGCGUGCAACAACAUCCCCGACGGCUUUGCUGCAGAAAAGGAAUGGUGCCGUGAUCUACAGGCGUUGAAAGCUUUCGUAUGGAUUGAAUGGGCCAUCCUAUUCCUGGCAACAAUCUUCACAGUCCGUUAUGCUGUUGUCCAACACGCGAAGGGAAAUACAGACAUCUGGCAUACUGCUUUGUCGAAUUACACUCCACGUGCAGACGGAGGGAUGCAUCGGAGAUCGUCGAGUUUUUUCACUAGUUUCGGAGGGAACGGAUUUGUUGUUAGAGACACCCAUAGACCUCAAACCAAUCUUGCCAAUUAAGAUCGCAACUUUGGUUGGAUUUCUAUACCAGCUUAUGGCACGUUGAGCUAUAGCAUCUUUCCCCUAUUCAUUCAUUUUACUCUUUGUAUUGCUGGGGUUGUGUUUUUAUUACCUAGUAUAGACAUGCAGGCACAUGUAAAUAGGCACAAUCUUUACCAGUUGAUGCUCCAAUAGUUGUAGUAUUUAAAAUCAGAGCAAUAUGCUUGCUAUCAAUUACUUG